AUGGCCGAGACGCCAGGAUUCGAGCCGCAUUCGGCAUUCAGUGCUCUCGAUCGCGAACGAAAAGGAUUUCUUUCUCAGGACGACUUCAGUGUCUUUCUUAAGGCGAACGGACAACACUUCGCAGAGAAUGACGUCGGCAACCUCCUCGAACGCCUCGAUGUGAAUGCGGAUGGCCGCGUUGGUGUUUACGACUUCGUCGCUGCUGUCAUGCCGAUGGAUAAGCUUCCCCGAUCAGUGGAAACAAGCCGAGGACAGCGAAAGGGCGCGGGUCUUGAAAAAGACGCAGCUGAGUGUCUCGCCCUCUUCUUGGCCUGCGAGAUCAAGCUUCACGCAGACCACCGCCGGAGAAUAAGCCUCCUGUUUGCACAGAGAGACUUCAACAUACGUGAAGCCUUCGAUCUGUUUGACUCGGAUUUCACAGGCUUCAUGCCUAUGGGUCAACUACUAGAGGUGUUCCAAGACCACGCCAUGCCGCUGACGGAAGAAGAGGCAAAAGUGCUCUUCUCGCGAUUCGACAGGGACCGUGAUGGCUUUCUUUCCUUCCCCGACUUCGCUGGCAUCUUUUUCAGCCCCUGUGAGAUGCGCAGAUUGCGGCUUCCGGACUUCACCAAUGUGACGCCACCACGAUUGCUUUUUACGAACAUCAAACUUGAGACCAUCCUCGGGCGAAACGUUGUAGACCUCCCCUUCGGCUAUAUGUGUGAUAAACAUGUUAGCCUGGAGGCUCAGCUGAAAAAGCGUAGACCACGCCUUAUCUCAGAACGACCGUUGGUGGAUCCCGAUGCCCUCGACACAUUCGUAAACCACAUUAAAGGCCAUGAACCUUCGGGAUUCCCCACCAAGAAGUUACUCACUCCUCCCUUCUGCUGCGACUUCUGUCGUGCCGCGAGCCUGAUCUACCCUUCAAAGAGAGCAAUCUACCUUUGGCCGGAAAUUCCCGUGGUUCGCGCGUGCGGCGACGAGGGACCCUGUCCAAAAGCCGUGGCGGUUGCAUUCGAGGUGGAGAUUUGCGCUGCCAGGGAAGUGGAGAAAUGCCGGAAAGAGCUGGCACUCCGGCAAGACUUCUCGUUAGUGCAAUUCUGGAAACUGUUUGACCCGAAGAACAAAGGAUUCGCGACAAACUUCGAGCUCAGAAGAACUCUUGCUGCUCUAGGAAUCUCCAUCCCAAUCCUUGUCGUUAAUCUAUUCCUGAAACGCUAUGGCUCUGCGAGCAUAGGGAGGGCCAAAAGAAUUACGUACGCUGGAAUGUGCGACGCUGUCAUGCCUCAAGAAGCCCACGCAUCCCGGUUUCUUCGGAAUAGAGUGCCUGAAUCAAGCUCUUCCGGUUUCGCGCGUGCCACUCUCUUCCACAUUGUGGAACUGUUGAAGAUGCUCAUGCAAGCGGAAGUUCUGGCGGAGUCAGUCCGCCAUGUUUUCGCCUCUUCGACCAUGUUUGCGUCACUACUGAAGUUAGACCCGGACAACCACGGCGUGAUCUGUUCGAAAGCGAUUGCUGACUAUUUAAAAUCCAUGGGUGUCUUCGCCACUCAAAACGAGGUGUCGGGCUUGCUGGCUCGAGUGGUCAAGAUCACAUGCGUGAAGGUGAGCACGAUGAGUAGAGGCGACACAUCCUUGUUGAACAGGGAAAGUGACGGAAGAGGCAGCUUCGAUUCCGUGGUUGCGAAUUUGCGUCUUCUAUGGGGCGAGCUCGAGCACCAGCUUGAUCGGCUGAGACAGCGACUAUGCGAAUAUGAGUGCUUCAGUCCCCAUGCCGCUUUCCGGGCAAUGGAUAGUUUCGGCAACGGGUACCUGACAGAGUGGCAUCCACUGCCGAUUUCAAAUCGAACCUAUGAUCCCAUAAGCGACUUCACUUUCAAUAGGGUUGUUUGGUGCGAUGCCUGGCGGCUGAUGAAGUCUUUCUACUUUGUGUUGGGAAACAAUGCGGCUGCGUUCUCUUCAGUUCUUUCGAACAACGAGCACAGCCACGGAAUUCUCUCCUGUUGCGUGAUUGACGAUUACGCGUGCAGGUUCCUCAAUGCGUUACUGCCAGUGGACGCCACAAUUCGAUCUUCCCUUAUUUCACGUGUUGACUGCGGACUGCACGUACAUCUUCCCCAUGACUGUUGCUUCUUGCUUGCGAAUCUCCUGAUGAAGGAGAUCGAAGUCAACCGCGAGCUUGAAGUUCGGCGCAAAGUGCUCUUCAGUCGUCCCGAUUUCAAGCUGCUGCUCGCUUUCCGUUACCUGGAAGAACCAUCUGUCGGCCAGAUCACACCUGCAUCUCUCGCCGAAGUUUCCGAGGCACACAAUCAUCACAUGAACGCCUGCGACCUCGAGCUCGUUUUCCGCCGCAUGGAUCGUCAUUGCCCAGGCGGUCCGAAUUCGUGCUCGGUGUCGGGUAGCGACGAGUUCCUUCCUGACGUUUCCCGAGUGCUGGCUCGAAGUUUGAGUCCUUUGUGCGCCGGGCGCGGCAGAUCGCUGGGGUCUUACGCGCGAUCCUUGUCGCGCCGGAACUGUCCUGGCAUAAGAAGCCCGCGAUGCAGCCCGACUCGCGAGGUGACUCACGCGUUCGAACACCAGAUCGAUAUGGAGCGGAAGCUCGACAAAUACAGGAAGAGCCUUUCGAUGAGGCCGGACUUUAAUUUGCUCGAUUUCUGGAGAUUGUUCGACACCACUGGGAAGGGGUAUUCAACGGCGAGGGAAGUGGAGGAUGCUAUGAAUGCUCUGCAUGUUCAUGUCACACCUCAUGAGGCUCACCUGUUUAUCAAGCAGUACUCCAAAGCUGGAGACGGCAAGAUCCGAUACGUGGACAUUUGCAACGCAUUCAUGCCGAAGGAUCAACGCUACGCGGACAUUAUGCAGAACCGACUGCCGGAUUACAGGCAGUACCAAUGCAUAAGCCCCCAGAAACACAUGUCGCCGGAAACUCGAGAUCUGGUCGCCGAGGUGUUCCACCUCCUCGUUGUGUCGGAAGUGCAAUCUGAAUCGAUGAGGCAUCAGUUCGCGUCCCACAAUUUGUGGCAAACUUUCAAGCUGCUUGACAAGGACAAUGAUGGAUACAUCACAGUAGACGAGUUCAAAAGCGCGUUGCGUGACAACAACAUCUACGCUUCCGAGAACGAAGCCAAGGCACUCCUCGCCCGCUACGACACGUCCAUGGACGGGCGCGUUUCCUAUGCGGAGUUCGUCAAUGAGCUCGGAGUUACCCGCUGCCCGCGCAAUGUUUGCAAAUUCGCGUGCACAUGCCCGGUCUAG